AUUUUGUUGACAGUGGUUGCUUGACAGUUUUACAAAAUCACUAGCAAGAAGAUAUGACUAUAAUAUGCUUCGCUUGUGGCACAACGUGUACUGGUGAAGUCCUAAAGGUACAAGACAAGCAUUUUCACAUCAACUGCUUCAAGUGUCAUGAGUGUGGGUCUCUGUUAGCAUCAGGUGGUUAUUUCCCCAGGAACAAUCACUAUUACUGUUCUAAGGACUACCACAGACUCUUUGGAACUAAAUGUAAAGCAUGUGGGGAGUUUGUGGAAGGACGCGUCAUCACUGCCCUGGGUAACUCUUAUCAUCCAGAGUGCUUCACAUGUGAUAGGUGCAGUGGUGAGAUAAGAAGUGGUACUGUAGUCACUUAUAAUGAUAAAGAGGAGAUUCUUUGUGAGAACUGCAGUCCUGAUGUAACUCUUAAUGACACUUCUACCAAUGAUGUCUCUUCUCCUCCUCCUUCCUCCUCCUCCUCUUCUCAUUCUUCUCGUGAUAAUCGUGACCCCUCCACUGCCCAGACUAAACCCUCCCCUCCUCCUGUGGCUCCCUCUACUCAGAAUACACUUGAAUCUAGCACCAACAGCAUCAGCAAUCCUAAGAGGAACCUCAAAAAUACUUUCUGUGGUUCUAAUGACCAGUCAUCCUUAUCAUCAUCAUCUCGCUUCGCAACUUCUGGCUCCUCCCCCAAGCCACGCCAAACGAUACAUGAGAAUGGACCUCCUUCCUCUCCUGCUGUUGAUGAUGUGUUUGACUUCUCAAAGGUUCCUGAUAUUGAUCCAGAAACAAGACCACAUUUAGGAAAGUGUGCCCAGUGUCAUGAUGUUAUAAGAAGUGCUCAGUCUCUAAUUGCUCUCAACAGACACUGGCAUCUCUUCUGCUUCUCCUGUGCUCGUUGCAAGCGCUACCUAACCAAUGAAUACAUGGACAAUGGUGAUCAGGCAUUCUGUGAGCCAUGCUUCCAGGAGCUUUAUGGGUUAAUAUGUGAGACUUGUGAGGAUUACAUCACAGGAACUGUACUAGAGGCUGGAGACUUUCACUUUCACCCAGCCUGUGCCUUUUGCUCUCACUGCAAUGGAACUUUCACUGAAGGCGACGAUCUCUGUAUAUCUAGUGAAGCAGUCUGGCAUUUAGAUUGUGAUCGUGCUAAAGGGACUGGAGUAGCUAUAGCCAGUUCCCUCCCUCCUUCUGCUGUUCCUCCUCUAACACCAACCAAUCCUACUACUACUACUAAUAAUCGCUCCACCAUAUCUUCCAGUGCUAAGGAAGCCACUAAUAAACCAUCUUAUGGAAAGACAAGCAAACCAAUGUCUGAGAUUAGACCGGCCUCAGAGAAUUAUACCAGAAAUGUUCGGGCUCCAUCAUCUCGUUCUUCAUCACACCUCACUCCUGACAUCAAUCCUCCGGUCAUAUUUCCUUUGAAGGACCUUCAAUUGAUUGGUAAAGUCUGCCUCCCUAAAGCAGUGAACCGUACCAAACUUGAGCAACACUUGUCAGACUCUGAUUUUAUUGAGGCAUUUGGCAUCGACCGGACUUCGUUUUAUGCAAAGCCACAGUGGAAGCAAAACGAACUGAAAAAGAAAGCAAAUUUAUUUUGAGUAUUGAAAAUUGCAUAACAUGCUACAGUUAUAAUUAUUCCUCUCACACGCAUUUAUUCAUGCAUGCAUGGUGCAUAGUGUAUAAUGGUGCACUCUUAAUUCAGUUUUACAUGAUUUUAUAGCAUUUUAAAAUAGAGAAUUAUUAAUGAUAAUAAUAA